CACGUGUCCUGUACCCGCCCUGCGGUGCCCGCGACGUGGCGGCGCGGCACGGGCCAGCCAGACGCCGCGCGCGGCCCCCGGGGAUAGGAAGGACUAGUACUAGUACUACACUCCAUAUAUCCGGUCUGGUCUGGCGAGCGCGACCAGGCCUCCUCCCCGCCGCCGCACACGACCGUACCGUACCGUACCCACCCCUCUUCUGAUGCUACUAGUAUGUAGUAGGAUUAGGAUCUCGUCGAACCUCAUGUCCGGCGGCAGCGGCGACGACGGGCAGCAGAGGCAAUGCCGGCGGGGCGUCGCGGUCGCGGCCGACGUCGAGCUCGGCGCGGCGCUGGCGCUGGCCGACAUGGCUGCAGGCAGUGGCGCGAGCGCCGUGGUGGCGGCGCAGAACCACGCGGCCGAGGAGAUGACCGACGACGAGGAGACGGCGGCGAGCACGAGGCUGAGCCUCCGGCUCGGCCGCGUCGGGGUGGGGGUGGUGCAGUCGCCGUCCUGCUCCAGCAGCUCCGGCGCUGCUGCUGCCCAUCCCCGGCACAUCAUGCUCACCGAGGCCGAGAAGGAGGCGAAGCGGCUGCGGCGGGUGCUCGCCAACCGGGAGUCGGCGCGGCAGACCAUCCUCCGGCGUCAGGCGGUUCGAGAUGAACUGGCGAGGAAAGUCGCAGACCUGUCGUCACAGAACGCGACCAUGAAAAAGGAGAAGGACGUGGUGAUGAAGGAGUAUCUCUCGCUGAAAGAGACGAACGAGCAACUGAAAGCGGCGGAGCAGGCACACCACCACCACCACCUCCGGCUCUCGUCGUUAUUCUAAAUCCGUAGAAUGGGCACGUACAUUUCCUUUUUGUAUAAAGUAUAGUAGCAUCGUUGUAUGUUAGGCCGAAUAACAAACAAACAAACAAACAGGAGGCCUACACCUAGCAUGUUCCAAAGGAAAUGCAUCACUCUCUCUAUCUACUAUGCAUCUUCCA